CCCCCUCACCUCAGCACCCCUACCCUUCCCUGCCUCCCCCACCCCACCCCAGCCCGGAAGAGGUGCUGGAAGCCCCAGCCAGGGCUAGCGGGCUAGGAAGGAGGGGACACGCUUCUCAGCAUUGUCUGGGAGGGAGGGGACAGGCUCCGCCCCCUGGCGGGAGGGAGCGAGGGAGGGAGGGGAGGAAGAAAGGCGAGCGAAGGGGGGUGGAGGGGGAGAUGGAGAGCUAUAGAAAGACGGUGGGAGAGACAACCAGACGCAGGGCGAGUUGAUAGAGGCGGGGAGGGGAGGAGGCAGCGGAGGGAGAGCCGGGAGGGCGGGGCGCCGGACCCCCAAUCGCACGGCCCCGCUUGUCCUGCCGCGCUGGAUUUGAUCCCCGCCCGCCUGGCCGGGACCCCUUCGCUGCCAGGAGCAGACCCCCCCACCCUCUGCGCCCCCAGACUUUCCAACUCCACUGCUCCUCUGCACGCGCGAUGCAGCCGGCUCGGGACGCAGGCGUUCGGCAUCCGGGGCGCUAGACCGUGUCUCUCCCUGAGGACAGAGGGUGUUUAUAGUAAGAGAUCGCCGCCACUUUUAUGACCCUGCCUUCUGAUGAAAAGAGAACGGAACAAUGGACUACAGCCAUCAAACUUCCCUAGUCCCAUGUGGACAAGACAAAUACAUUUCCAAGAAUGAACUUCUUUUGCAUCUGAAGACCUACAACCUGUACUAUGAAGGUCAGAAUUUGCAGCUCCGACAUCGUGAGGAGGAGGAUGAGUUUAUCGUGGAGGGGCUGCUGAACAUCUCCUGGGGGCUACGCCGGCCCAUUCGUCUGCAGAUGCAGGAUGACAAUGAGCGCAUUCGCCCCCCUCCUUCUUCUUCCUCCUGGCAUUCUGGCUGUAACCUGGGAGCUCAGGGCACCAUCCUGAAGCCCCUCACCAUGCCCAACAUCCAGAUCUCAGAGGUGGACGCCCCCUCUGAGAAUGAGGAGAUGUCAAGUCCCACAGACUCUAGGGGCCUGAAGCCACUUCAAGAAGAUACCCCACAACUGAUGCGCACACGCAGCGAUGUUGGGGUGCGGCGUCGUGGCAACGUGAGGACACCCAGUGACCAGCGGCGCAUCCGACGCCACCGUUUCUCCAUUAAUGGUCAUUUCUACAACCACAAGACCUCCGUGUUCACCCCAGCCUAUGGCUCCAUCACCAACGUCCGCAUCAACAGCACCAUGACCACCCCACAGGUCUUGAAGCUGCUGCUCAACAAGUUUAAGAUCGAGAACUCAGCAGAAGAGUUUGCUUUGUAUGUGGUCCAUACCAGUGGUGAGAAACAGAAGCUAAAGAAUACUGACUACCCACUGAUUGCCCGGAUCCUGCAGGGUCCCUGUGAACAGGUGUCCAAGGUGUUCCUCAUGGAGAAGGACCAAGUGGAGGAAGUCACCUAUGAUGUGGCUCAGUAUAUAAAGUUUGAGAUGCCUGUCCUUAAAAGCUUCAUUCAAAAGCUGCAGGAGGAAGAAGAUCGGGAAGUGAAGAAGUUGAUGCGCAAGUACACGGUGCUCCGGCUAAUGAUUUGCCAGAGGCUGGAAGAGAUAGCUGAGACUCCAGUCACCAUCUGAGCCACAAGGAGGGGAAUCUGGAGAGUGUCCUCCAGGGAGCUGGCACCUUCCUUCCAUGGGAACAUUUAAAUGCAAACCUCUGCAGCUUCUGAGCAGCCACCACUUGCUGCUGGAGCAGGAGGGAGAGGCCAGCAGACAAAUCCCCAUGCUUGGAUCUCUGGGCUCCUUUCUUGUGUUCACAAUGACUUUCAAGUUAUGUUGUAAGGAGAACCCAUUAUAUUUGUGUGUGUGUGUGUGUGUGUGUGUGUGUGUGUGUGUGCACAUGUGUGUGCAUGUGCCUGUGUAUGUGUGUGGUCAUCCAUGUACCUAUGUGAUGUUUUCACACACAGUUAAAUUCCGAGACACCAGCAUGAUGCCAGAGGCUUGUGGGUGUGCUGCUCACUGGCUGUGACAUCAGAGAAGUCACUGAUUUGAUGGUUUGGAGGAUGGAGAUAAGGCUUCUUCCCUCAAUUGCCAGGGAGCAGCUUUAUAUAUCUGCCCAUGUUUAGAAAGGGGAGGGGUCUUGGUCAGCUCAUCCUUUGGGGUAUUUACCUGCUAGGACAGAGUCUCCUUGUGUACCCCAAAGGAUGGGCCAACAUGAGAUCCUUUGAUGUUGACAAAAUAAUAGCCCCACAACUUUGGACAGGUAAAUGCAAAAGCCCACAAGCUCCACACUGGACACGAUAGGUGUUUUAAAUAGCUAUCUCUGUGGGUACCUAGGGAGUCUGGAAUUUUCCUCUGUCCUCACUGCCACACCUGCCUCCAGAGGACCAGCAGCCAGUGCCAACCUGGUACCUCCGUGAGUGGAAGGGGAGGACUCAUGAAGCAGCUGUCACUGGUUUGCAUAUGGUACUGGCUGGCUAGUAUGGCUGUGCUAUGGGGCAGUGGCUAGGAAGCUUCCCUCUUAGAGAAAUGUAGAGGCUUCUGGUAGGAAUGGUGGAUUCCUGAAAGGCCAGCCCGUCUGCACAUUGUCCAGACGUCUUCUUGCACUUGGAGCUGAGGUCAAGACGUUUUUCUCUCUGACUGCUGAAUUACUGAGGGUUGGCCUCAUCUUGUGUAUGGAGAUGGACCACAGGGUGAGGACUGAGCCUGCUGCCACCAUAGUAUGGAGACCCGAGAAGCUCUGAGUGCUCCUCUCUGAAGGAUCCAGUGGUGGGCAGAUCAGGGCUCUUCUGAGCAGCCGUGUGGGUCAUCUUUAGAGCAAACUCCAGCAGGGUGGGGUGAAGAACAGCUUAUUAGGAUGUGAGAAAUGAGAGUUAAACCCUAAUCCUAACCCUAACCGUGUGGCCCCACCAGGAUAGUUGCCAAACAACUGGGUGCUGGUCAGGCUGAUCUAGACUCAGGAGGGGCAGACAUUUAGAGCAGAGUGCCAGGCUGUAGAGAUAACCAAGCAAGGCCAGAGAUGCCUGUAGACCCUUGCUGAGCCUUGGUGGGGGAGGUGUGCUCCCCAUCCUCCUCCACCCUCUCUCCUAGUUCGGUUUGGCUGUUGAGGAAGGGUGUCUGUAGGGAAGGUAGACCUCUGCUGUAGAGCCAUUCCUGCCCCAGGCACCCUCCUGCCUACACCCCUGCCUCUAGGGUCUCUUCAGGGUUCUCACAGCAGCUGCCUCAUUGUUGCCUUUCAAAGAAAUGGCCUACUGCCACCUGGCAUUUUGCCAAAACCUCUUAGCAAGACUUCCUCUUCUGUGGGGUCAGCACUGAGGCCCUAGUCUCAGAUGUCUCACUGGGUUUCUGUAUAACACAUAGAAACACACACACAUACAUACACACACACAUACACACACACACACACACACACACACACACACACACACACACCUGGGUUGAGCAGAGAGGAUUCCAUUGUUAUGGAUGGGAAAGAACAGUUUUGUGAAUGAAAACAUACUUCCUGAGUUUUGCAUCUAAGAAAAUGACUUGGAAAGCUUCUAGUUAUUUUGAAUGUUUAAUGCCUUUGUCAGCCCUUGGGGAGAGAGGACAGUGGAUUUUCCACAAAGCAAAUGACUAGCCAUGGGCUUUUAUUGGACAGUUAUUUCUGGUUUAUAAAAGGUCUCUUUCAUUUAUACUAGUUCUAAGACAGUGUGAAAUAUGGAAAUGUUGCAAAAUGUCAAGUUUCCUUCAUCACUUUCCCAGAAAGUGAUACUAAAGUAGCCCUGGCUUUUUAAAGAUGGAGGUUUGGGAUGAAUGUGAAGAAAUAUCAUGCCUUCCACUUAAUGCAGGUCACUCUUUUUCAUUUUGGGACCUUCCUGUUUAACUCUCAUUUCUUACAUCCUAAUAAGCUGAUCUGGAAUUGUGGAAGGGCACUCUGAAAUAGCAGUAGCUGAAACAGACACCCCACUGAGGAUUUUCUCACUGGUAUCCUAUGGCUUUGCAGCUUUGAACUCCUCCACUGAUGUGUAUGCAUUUAGGUAAUCGUGUGCAAUGACCCUGAAAUCACACGAGGAACAAAAGGCCAAUUUGGAGUUGUUUUUCUCCCUAGCUUGUAAGCUGUGUAGUCACAUCUGGCUUUCUCUUUCCAGGGGUUUGUGUUAUAAGGUGAUCAAAUGAAGGAAAAAUCGGAGUAUCUGAUUAGGAAAGGGAUCUGUUGCCCCAGCUGAAGGUGAUAUUAGGCACAAGGUCAAAUUCUCAGCAAUCACUUUAGUGGGAAGGCAGUGAGUUAAAUGGGAGAGAGAUGGGAGGGGUUGGGGGGAAGGGAGGGGCACUGAAAGGCACAAAUACCAGCUUUGCCUGUGCAGACUGCUGAGAAGUGAUUGUGCUUCUGGCCUCCAGGCUGGGUGGACUGAGCUCAGAUUGAGGUGAGAAAAAUCUCAGAUAAGCCACCCACUCAUGCAAAAAACAAAAACAAAACUGAGAACCGAGGUAGAGAUUUUAUUCUAAGACUUUAAGGAAAAACAUUUUUUUCAUUCUUCUCUCUACCCUAAAAGGAAAUGAACCUCGCAAAAUAAUAUCUAAAUAAAGAUAUUUUAUCAAUAGUUUAAUAAGAUUUUGGCAUGUCAUGACCAAACAAGUGAGAGAGAGAGAGAAAGAGAGAAGAAGGAGGAGGAGGAUUUGGAGGAGGGAGAAGAAGAAGGAGGAGGAGGAGAAGAAAGUAGGAAAGGAUGAAGAAAGGAAGGAAGAAAGGAAGGAAGGGGUUCUAAUGCAGAAUCCUCUAGGCAAGAAUCACCUGUGAAAUUUGAUAGUUUUAUCAGAUUUUCAGGAGGGUGGAACUAGCCACAGAAAGGCAAAAAUUCUCUGAAGAAGAGAGAAACUUUUUUUCUGUUUUCUUUUUUUUAAAGUAUUCCUCCAACUAUGACCCAAGUGGCACAGUGGAUAAGGUGUUGGACUUUCAAGCAUGAGGUCCCAAGUUUGAUCCCCAGUAUCACAGGUGCCAGUCAUGGUCUGGUUCUCUCUUCCUCUCUCUUAUACAUACAAACAUUCUAAUAAAUAAAUAAAAUGUUUUUUGAAUGUAUGCAUCAAACCUCUGUAACACAGAGAACUUAUCAUAACUACAUCUUUAAGAGAGAAUGUUCUCUAUGAACAAAGAAAUUUUGGGGUCUCAAAGUGACCCCUGGUGGUGGGAGCACUCUCACUGCAAGAGCACAAAUGUUUUAGUCUCUGCUUAAAUUGUUUUAUGAAAAGCAGAACAGGUUUUCUCUGCUUGAGACAGAGAUGAGAAAUGAUCUAUAAAGGUAGAAAUAACAAUUUAUCCAGAUUUAACUGAGACUUGCCUUUACCUGUGUUUUAGCCAAGCACAAGACGUGGACAAGCUGUGAAGGGAAAGUUUCAUUUUACCUUUUGUGUCUCCCAGUAAAUCACAGACCUGUUUCCCAGGCUGCUGGUUUCUGCUGUGUGAUUGUUUGGGUUUCUUAAAGGCUUUCCCACUUGUUUUAGCUUUGUGAAGUAUUUUCUUAAUCAUAACUUGCCUUUCAGUGGUACAUGACUGUUCAGUGUUUUGUUCUAAACUUGUAAAUGGAUGAUGCACUUAGGUAUCUUAACAUAAUUUGACAAAGCCUCAGUAAAGAGCUGGAAAUUUCUGUAA